AUGAAGUAUUAUAUAUUUGUUGAUUUUUCAUCUUUUCAAAAAGAUAAAGAUACUUCUGUAAUAAUUAAUACUAUUGAUGAUUUUACAAAUAAUCUUAAAGAUGUCCGGCAUACAACUGAACAGAUAAAUUUGGAAGAAAUUGAUGGAAAUCUAAGUAUUUAUUUUGAAAGUUUGGGUGUAAAAUGUGAAUGUAAUUUGAUCGAAGGAAUUUUUAUAUCCUCAUCAAAGUCUAAAUAUUUUGAUGAAAUUGACAUUAAAAAAAUUCCAUUUCCUUCCUAUUUUAUUUUUUAUGAUAAAGACGAUAGUGAUAAAUCUAUAAACUCUAAAAUGAAUGAUGCUUUGUUUUUAUGGAAAAAAAGAUAUUUUCUCGACAAUCAUAGAUUAUCUUUUCAAGUUUCUAAAAAUAUUUCUGAAGUUAUUCAAUGUAUAUUAAAUAUUAGAAAUUUUAUUUGUCAAACAGAAGAUCUAUUUCUUGCUGGCCAUCCUGAUUUUAGUAUAUGGUUUGAGUGUAGUCCUAAAAUUCCUGCAUACAUAUCAAGUAUUUUGUGGGGUGUAUCCGAAGGAGUCAAUGAUAGAUAUAUUAAAUCUUGUUUUGAUGAUUCACUAAUUGAAGAGAAAAAAACUAUUUCAGAAGAUAAAAAUAUGCAUGAAAUUAAACAAGAGUAUAUAGAACAAGAUAAUGUUAAAUCAAAUGAAAAUAAUACAACUUUAAAUAAUGUCUCUUUAGAUACAUUCUUUUGGAAAGUUUCUGAAGUAAAAAAAGAAGUUGGUGAAAAUUUUGAUACAACACAUGACUUUUAUAAUUCAAGUAUAAAUAAUACUCACAAAAGUGCAAAAACAAAUAAGUGGGAUGUAAAAAAUAUUUCUACUAUAAAGACAAAAUUAGGAGAUUUAUUUGAAGAAAAGCAAGGAGAAAUUACUAAAGUUAAAGAACAUUUUAUUCCUCUUAAAAAUAAAAAAUCUUUUCCUAUAUAUGGUGCAGAAACGGAUUAUGAUUCAAAUUUAUCUGAAUUAGAUGGUUUAAUAAGUCAUCAUCUUGAAAUAAUUUCUUUUGGUUCAGUAAACCAAAUAUUAAACAUAAAAGUAUUUCAACCACGUUUUGAAUUAAAAUGUAAAAAACUUCCAAAUGAAAGUGAAGAAAGCAAAAAUAUAAGAAAUCAAACGUAUUACGAUUCAUUAGGUGAAGUUCUUUUUACAAAAAAGGUUGUUAUGUAUUUUAAACAUGUAGCAUCGGGUGAAUAUGGGUUUAUACAAGCAACAAAGUUUUUUAAUGAUGAAAUAAGAAUUGGAAAACCAAUCGAGCAUGCAAUUGAAUAUCCAGAAAGGAAUGGGACAUGGGGAACAAGUAAUGUACAAAAUUAUGAGAGACAAUGUUGGCUUACAAUUUCAUCUUUUCGUAAUGAAUGUUACAAAAUAUAUCGCUUUUUGUUAAAUAGUGAUAAAACAGUUAAAUUAAAAAAUUACAUCAAGUUAAUGAGAGAACAUGCCAGGAUAAUUGGUAUGAGUGAACAGUACAAUAAAUUUCUUAAAGAAAUGGUAACUACAGUUUUACCUGAAAAUUCAGAUAAUCUGUCACAAGAACAUUAUAAUUUAUUGAAAAGUCUUUCUUCAGAGGGUAUAUAUUCCCCAGAAAUAGAUUGUUAA